GGGGGCGGGCCCUGAGCAGGACACCCUUCCAGGUAGAGAGAGAGAGAGAGAGAGAGAGCCCCGAGGCGCCCCGAAAGCCUGGAGGAGAGGAAACAGCGGUGCGUAAAAGGCCGGGAGAAAACCUUCGUGCGUAAAAGCGCACGACAGCUCGGUGCGUCAAAAGGGCAGCCAAACUCGGCGGAUACAAAAAGAUAGGAAAGCCCUGCUCCGGGAGCAAGAGGAAGAGGAAGGCAGGAAGGGAAGGGGGCCAAGCGGGGGCCGGAUCUCGCCUUCCGCGGCUCCCAGCGUCUCCUUCUUCCCGCGGUGCGUAAAAGCGCCGAAAGCAGCCAAGACCUCGGUGCGUAAAAGCGCAAAGAAGGGAGCUCGGUGCGUAAAAGCAGGAAGAGGAGGAGAAGGCGGAGAGAGAGAGAGAGAGGGCCAGGCCUCGCCUUCUGCGGCGUGCCCUCGCCCCCCUUUCGCCCCCAAGACAGCCAUGGGGAAGGUGCAGCUCUUCGAGAUCCGCCUGGGCGACAGUCGCGUGGUUUACAGCCCUGGAGAGCCUCUGGCUGGCACCGUCACCAUCCGUUUGGCUGGGAGUCUCCAAUACCGAGCCAUCAAGGUGAGUUGCGUGGGAUCUUGCGGGGUUUCCAACAAGAUCAACGACACGGCCUGGACGGUGGAGGAGCAGUAUUUCAACACCACGCUCUCGCUGGCCGACAAAGGAGUCCUGACGGCUGGAGAACACACUUUCCCCUUCCAGUUCCUUCUCCCAGCCUCUGCUCCCACGUCCUUCGAAGGCCCCUUUGGGAAAGUCUUGCACCAGAUCAAGGCAGUGAUUGAGACGCCCCGCUUCUCCAAGGAUCACAAAAGCAGCAAAGUCUUCUAUGUCCUCUGCCCGCUGAACCUCAAUGACAUCCCGGAAAUCGAGCAGCCCAACACGAACUCCAUCACCAAGAAGUUCAGCUACAAGCUUGUGAAAACUGGCAACGCGGUCUUGACGGCCACCACGGACCUCAAGGGCUACGUCGUGGGUCAAGUCAUCCAGUUGCGGACGGACAUUGAGAAUAAGUCUGGCCGGGACACCAGCACCAUCGUGGCCAGUCUCAUCCAGAAAGUCGCCUACAAAUCCAAGCGGUGGAUUUACGACUUGAGGACCAUUGCGGAGGUGGAGGGCUCGCCCGUGAAGGCAUGGAAGCGAGCCGAGUGGAAGGAGCAGAUCCUGGUGCCGGCUUUGCCCCAGUCCAUCCUGCAGGGCUGCAGCCUCAUCCACAUCGACUACUACAUCCAGGUUUCCCUCAAGACCCCUGAGGUUUCUGUGGCUCUCCCCAUCUACAUCGGCAACAUCCCCGUGAACCGGAUCCCGCUCAGCCCGACCCGGCUGGCGCCCCAGCUGCCCUCGCCGGUGGUGCCCAGCGCGCCGCCCGAGGACGAGGAGGCAUCCGGCGGGUACCCCCACCCCAUGGACAACGUCUCCAUCCCCACCAAGAGCCACUCGCAGCAGCAGCAGCCCUUCAGCUACGCGCCGGGCUUGAACUUCCCGGAGGCCAGGCUGGACUCGGAGCAGAGCAGCUCCCCAAACCACCCCACCCUUUGCCUCUCCACGGGAGCCACGGUCCCCUAUUUUGCCGAAGGGACCGUUGUGCCCAUGGCCACGGCCAGCUCCCUCAUCCUGCCUCCGGAGUAUAGCACAUGGGGAUAUCCUUAUGAGGCACCCCCGUCGUACGAACAGAGCUGCAGCAGCGCCACCUCCAGCCUCAGCAAUGGCAACUAGACCUGGGCUGGGAGUCCGUUCGGACCAUUCUCAAAGGAGGAACGACGGCACCAAGGGUUGAGUGGAAGGUCUUGGGUGUUCUCUCACCCAAGAACAGACUCAGGCGCCUGGAAACGGCUUCACGCCCCACCCUGGUUGCCUUGCCUCUCCGCCUCGGACCUUGCACCGUACAGUUCCACUCUCUUGACCUGCUGUUUCGAUGAUCCGAGCAACCGCGAUGCCUUAUCUGGAAUGCGACCAAGUUCCACGUGCGCGAAUGUACAUAUGUGUUUGUUUGGUUUCUGGUUUUAGCCCGUCUCCUUACCUUCUGUGAAAAGGGGAUAAUAAAGGUUGAGCUGUCCUCGCUACGAGCGAGCCAAACAGGGGGACCUUGGAGAGACGUAUCCUGAGUGGCAGGAUGCCGUUUGGACUCCAACUCCCAUCAUCCCUGGCUGGAGUUCCUGGGUGUUAGAGUUCCAGAUAAAGGGCUCCUGUAUCAGUUGGAUGGAAACCUGUUCUCACUUUAUAAGAGCUCUCCAAGGUGCUUAAACGAAGCCCAUUCUAAGUGGAUGAGAGCUCUCCAAGGUGCUGAAAUGCAGCCUUCAAAUAAGCUUAGGACCUUGGAGAGCUCCUGUUCAGGACCUGGAGCAAAUUCUUUUUCCUUCUAAGACGAAGGCCACUCAUCAUCCUCAUUGAAUGCAUAGCCAUAGUCUGUCCACAUUGCAUUCGAUCCUUGCCCUCCAUCUCUUUCCUUCCACUGACCAUCUGAUAGUUCAGGAGAGCAUCGGAACCGGGAUCAAUAUCCCAUCGAAAUAGGAGUUUCAGAAUGUUUGUUUGUUUGUUUUGGUUUAAAAUUAUCAAUCGUUUCCAUAAAUGCUCCCCUUCAUCUGCUUGCCUUUGAGCAACCGUACUCGGUACAAGGGAUGCCAUUCCCAUCAGCACAAUGGGGGAGAAUGGGAGUUGUCGUCCCAACAACGUACACAAGAGUAUAAUUUCCUUCUUAUCAUUAUCCCUUUCUUCCACCAUCCAUGGCUAUCCAUUGUCUGGAAUCCUGUAACAGCUACAUUUUUAUCCGAUCCUCCUGUUUGGAGAUAUUACAUGGUUUUGAGAACAUCAUCAUAAUAAACCCAAGCUUUGCUGUGAUUUGUUCAGACCACACUGGCUGGACCAGAUCCGCCCCAGAAGACCCUUCCCGGCACCUUUUCUCUCCAUAAGGAUCUUAUACAACAGUGGUUCUCAGAUGUGGUUCUUUGGCUUACAACUCCAUGUUUCUUUGGCCUACAACUCCCAGAAAUUCCAGCCAGUUUACCAACUGUUAGGAUUUCUGGGAGUUGAAGGCCAAAAACAUCUGGGGACCCCAGGCUGAGGACCACUGCUACACAACUUCUGUCUUUUCCCUUCUCAGCACCUUUUCUCUCCAUAAGGAUCUUAUACAACAGUGGCUCUCAGGUGUGAUUCUUUGGCCCACAACUCUGUGGUUCUUUGGCCUACAACUCCCAGAAAUGAGCAUUUCUGGGAGUUGAAGGGCCAAAACAUCUGGUGACCCCAGGUUGAGGACCACUGCUACAUGACUUCUGUCUUUUCCUUGCCUUUGUCCGGCUCCGAAAGUCACUGACAAUCCCAGUUCUACCUCUUCCCAUGGACGUCAUCCUUCGUAGCUAUAAUCUUCCCCGUAUUAAAAGUCAAAAAUAUUACAAUGUGGAUCAGAGUCAUCGUAGAGGGUACAGGGUGGUGCCAAGAAUGGAAUCCUACUCCGAGCAUACCUAAUGGAGAUCCAAUGGAGAGUAACGUGUGUUGAUGGCACACCAUUCCUUUGAUGGGUCUACCCAACUUGGGACUCCAUGGUGGGCUUCUCAUUCUUUCCUUGCUCCAUCUGCUUCCUAUGCCCAGUGCCUUCCCAGUUUGAACUGGACUUUUCCCUCUGCCAUUGUGGAAAGAACUAUCGUCGAGGUGAAUUUCAAGCAGACGCUUCUGAAGUUUGGAAUCACAAUGACGUUGCCUGGAAGGUUCCUCCUUCUUGCCGACAUCUCGCCUCUCCCUUGUCACGAAUUCUCACCUUUUUAUGAGAUGAUUGUUUUCUCUCUCUGUCUCACUCUUUGGUUGUGUGCCGGAUUUUUAAUUUUUUUUAUUUACUCAGCUUUGUUUUAACAGUGAAAUCACAGGCACAGAUUUCAAUGUAUUUAAUAAAUUAUUCUGAGAAAAA